CACUGAGGUAUUUAUUCAACAUUAUGUUUAAUAUUGUGGUCAAUGUUUGUAUCGUACACUAAAGACAAAUUUAGAGUUAAAGCCAGUAGAUUCUUUCAUGGCAGAAUCGUUUCAUCUCGACGGGAAAAAACGGAUAUGUGACGUCAUUCGGUGUGGGCGGGGUUUAGGUCCAGGCACCAUGGCUUCGGUAGAGACCGAGCCCACUGGUCUUGCCAAAGGAAGCAUUUGCAAAGGGGAAGAGCCGUCUAAUAAAGAGGGACUGGACCUGGCAAACAAUGGAGAAACAGAUGGUGAAAUAAAGGUCAUGGACAGAUUGACCUCUUCCCCCGUGGCAGAAGCAAUUGUAAAUGGCAGUGAAUGUGACAACGCGAGGCACAACAGCCCGACGCACAGCUCUGCAACAGGCCACAACAAGACCUUAUCGCUGAUAAAUGAGAAUGGUAUGCCGGACACGGAGACCCCGCACGGUUCUGUCAUUGGAAGCAAUGGAUUCAUUCUCACUAAGCCGCAGCAGGAGGACAGACCUGAAAGUACGCCUGAUAUGGCAGUGGCCCCCCACAGGACUAACAGGUCACCUUCAAGUUCCACCACAGGUGUACACAUGACCAAAGCCCCCCCUCCCUCAGCCUCUGGGCCUGCACAGACUUUAGGCACACUAAGGACCGACCCUAUUAUAGGGACUACAUUGGGGCAGGAGACAUUAGACUCUAAAAAUGGCGCAGCCCCAACUACCACAUCUUCAGCACCCAUCAUGAUACACAGAGCCAGAAAAACCAUGUCCAGACCGGCUGUGACUCUUGAACAAAAGCUUCUCAAGAGAGAGCUAAGAGAAGCACAGAACGCCAAAAUGGAGACUGCGGUAGCAUCCGACGCAUCGAAACCCUCACAGCAGCACUUAACGGAGAACCAUCUACCUCAGAAUCCUUUGUCACCUUCAGCACAAACUGCUUCAACGACUUCACCAGCAAUUCCUACGAUAUCUUCUCCUCCACUCACUUCAUCGCCAGGCAAGCUUCAACACAAUCUGUCAGGCUCCUUCAUGGGAGGGUUGUUGUCCCGUAAGAAGAAGAGAAGAAUGGGGAUUUACAACCUGGUUCCCAAGAAGAAAUCGAAAAUUCUGAGGCAGAGGACAUUGCUGGAAAUGUUUAAGGAUGUGCACCCAGAUGCCAAGAGCCCAGAGACAAACAUCAAUGGCGAUAAGGUGGAUUGUGCAUCUGAGGAGGAGGAAGAUGAGGAUGAGGAGUCAGAUGAGGUGGACUCUGAUGAGGAAGAAGAGCAGCAGCAAGGAGAGCAGCUCCUCACUGCUGAACAGGAAGCGAGUCCAACAUCUGAAUCCAUCUCUCAGGCGGAGAAUGAGCAAGACUCUGAUGAAUCUGGACUAGAGGCUGAGGAGGAGGGCACCGAGUCAGACUUGAGCACGGAGUCCAGUCUCAAGAAGAAGUUGAAAAAGAAAACGAAAGCAGACGGUGCGUGGCUCCGCCCAUCCAGGAAACGCAAGAGGAGGGUAAAGGUUAAAGAACCGGAGUCCUCCACUGAGCCUCCAUCUUCAGUUCUGAGCAGCACAGAAGAUGGUACGGAGCAUGCGUCGAUACCACCUGCCAAACUCUGCAAGCCUGAUGUUCCUUCAGAAGCAGACACUUCAAGGUCAACAAUGGAGGAGGCUCAGGAGCUGCCGCUGUGCAGCUGCCGCAUGGAGACCCCCAAGAGUCGGGAGAUUCUCAUCCUGGCGGACAGGAAGUGUAUGGCCACCGAGAGCGUCGAUGGACAACUUACCCGUUGCCAAAGCGCUGUCUUGAAACAUGAGAUGAUGCGGCCUUCCAACUCUGUUCAGCUGCUGGUACUUUGUGAGGACCACCGUAGCGGCAUGGUCAAGCACCAGUGCUGUCCCGGCUGCGGCUUCUUCUGCAGGGCUGGGACCUUCAUGGAGUGCCAACCAGACGUGAACAUCUCGCACCGCUUCCACCAUGCCUGCGCGUCAGUGCUAAAAGGUCAAAGCUUCUGCCCCCACUGCGGGGAGGAGGCCAGCAAGGCCAAGGAGGUCACUAUCGCCAAGGCGGACACCACCUCCACCGUACCGCCUGCGCUCACUCAUGGACCAGCCACGCCUGGAGCACAUGAGGGCAGGGCAGACACCACCACUGGCAGCUCCUCACACUUGAAUGUGGGCUGUGAUGUUAACGGCAGCGCAGACAGCUCUCUUUCCGCCGGUUUGAAACCUCAACCAGACUCAGAUCCAGCUUUUCCCGGAUCGUCCAGCAGCACCUCAGUACUGCAGGCUAGUACUGAAGCAACAGCCCAAUCUCCAGUUCUCCAAGGACCGCCACGAGAAACCCUUGAAAGCGUCCUGGUUUCUCUCAACACAGAGAAGCCAAAGAAGCUGCGUUUUCACCCAAAGCAUCUUUACCUCUCCGCCAAACAGGGAGAACUUAAGAAGGUUGUGCUCAUGCUGGUGGAUGGUAUUGACCCCAACUUUAAGAUGGAAUCCCAGAACAAGCGCACCCCUCUUCACGCUGCAGCUGAGGGAGGACAAAAGGAGAUCUGCCACAUGCUCGUACAAGCUGGUGCAAACUUGGACACAUGCGACGAAGAUCAUCGGACACCACUGAUGGAUGCGUGUGAGAACAACCACAUGGAGACGGUCAUGUAUCUGCUGAGAGCAGGCGCCAGCGCCAUGCACAAGGAUGUUGAAGGGUUCACGUGUCUCCACCUGGCGGCCAAGUCUGGUCAUCAUGACAUUGUUCAAUAUCUUCUGUCUACAGGAUUUGUCAACAUAAAUUGCCAGGAUGAUGGAGGUUGGACAGCCAUGAUCUGGGCCACAGAAUACAAACAUGUGGACCAGGUCAAGUUGUUACUGUCCAAAGGAGCUGACGUCAGCAUCAGAGACAAGGAAGAAAACAUCUGUCUUCACUGGGCAGCCUUCUCUGGCAGCGUUGAAAUCGCCAAGCUGCUCCUUGACGCACACUGUAAUCUCCAGGCUGUCAACAUCCAUGGAGACUCUCCUCUACACAUAGCUGCUCGGGAAAAUCGCCUGGAUUGUGUAAUGCUUUUCUUAUCUCAAGGAGCGGAUGUUUUUCUCAAAAAUCGUGAGGGAGAAACCCCCCCAGACUGCUGUGGACACAACUCAAAAGCCUUUGCAGCCCUGCAAGCCCACAAGAGAGAAAAGGACGCCAAGAACGUCAGGCUCAGUCUAUCACAGGGAAAAAUCCUUCACAGUGACAUCGCUCUUGGGCAAGAGAGAGUCGCCAUUCCCUGUGUCAACUCCAUAGACGGAGAACCCUACCCAGACGACUACAAGUACAUUCUUGAAAACUGCGUCACCUCCCCGAUGAACAUCGAUCGAAACAUAACACACUUACAGUACUGUGUUUGCAAGGAAGACUGUUCUUCAAGCGUCUGCAUGUGCGGGCAGCUCAGUCUACGAUGCUGGUACGACAAGGUCGGUUGUCUCCUCCCUGAAUUCUCCCGUGAGGAGCCCCCUCUUAUCUUUGAGUGUAACCAUGCUUGUUCCUGUUGGAGGACCUGUAAGAACAGAGUGGUGCAAAAUGGACUCAGUACCAAGCUUCAGCUCUUUCGGGCCGGUAAAAAAGGCUGGGGUGUCCGGGCGCUGCAAGACAUACCGCAAGGGACGUUUGUGUGCGAGUACAUCGGUGAGAUCAUCUCAGAAGCAGAAGCAGAGAUGAGGCAAAAUGACGCUUACCUCUUCAGUUUAACUGAUAAGCCACAAGCUCAGUACUGCAUCGAUGCUCGUUUCUAUGGAAACAUCAGCCGAUUCCUCAACCACAUGUGCGAGCCCAACUUGUUUGCCUGCAGAGUGUUUACCACACAUCAGGACCUGCGUUUCCCACACAUUGCCUUCUUUGCUAGUGAAAACAUCAAGGCAGGAGAAGAGCUUGGGUUUAACUACGGCAAGCACUUUUGGCAAGUGAAAAGCAAGGUGUUCAGCUGCGAAUGCGGUUCCUCCAAGUGCAAGUACUCGUCAUCGGCCAUGGCGUCACUACAGGCGGACAGCACACCGGAGGACCAGCAGCAGCCCAGCGCCUCGCCUGACACCAGCUCCUCGAACGCUCCCUCAAGCCCUUCUUAGAGAUGUCCUCUUCGUCACGCGUACAUCACGUCCUGCCACAACGUCCAAUAAAGUUUUACAGACUUUGUACUGCAUUGACUCAUGAAACUUUGACCCUUGGAAAAACACAAUCGGACCCCACGGAAGGAGUACUUGCUCCUCUUUGCAGCCAUGCUAAACAUGACCACCAGGGGGCAGCAAACAUCACCGAUACAGUAGAUUUAUUUUUGGGUCAUUUGGAGAGGAACCUUUACUUUGAAAUUUGUUCCAUCGGAACUCCAUCGGACAAAAUGGAGAAAGAGAAAUACAUUUUUAAUUUGUGAUGAUCCAAUAGAAGGAGGGGUGACUUGAGUGGGAUGGACCCUAACUGGAAAAAACGGUGCUCUCAUUGUUUUUUUUUUGUUUUUUUUACAUGCAUACAUAACCCUUGUGAACAGUGUAAUAUAAGAGAAUGGUUAGGUUUUUUUAAUGUUCAUUUUUCUAAUCAUGCUUCAUUGUAGAUGUCGCUGGUCCUCAUUCAUUUGGUUCUGUGAUUUUGUCAGCAGGAACCCACGUAUCUUUUUAAAACGUCUUUAGUAUAAAGCAGUGACUGUAGUGCAAAGUCUUGAAACGAAUGGGGAUGGAAAAAACAAAAACAACAUUUCCAUUUUCUUCUGUUACAUAUUUCUGGACCGGGAACCAUGGUUGUCUUUUUCAAUAAAUUUACUAC